CCUGACUGCAACUUGAACUAUUUGUAGGAACCUUGGUGUUUUAGUCCAAUGGAUUGAAGUUGGCCGCAUAUAUUUUACCCCGAAUGUUGGAUGUCAGGACUUGUCAACUUUCAAAAUGCAAUGCUAUGCGCAUGUCACUCGCGCCUUGAUAUCCUCAGUACAGCGCAGUGCAGCGCAUGUCAGUGCCAUCCGUUCGGUCUCAAUCGACAUGACCGUCCAGAUACUCCACUCUCCACCUCAACACGCCUCAAAAAGCAAUGGGUAGCAACGGGAAAUGCCAUGGACCAUCGUGGACAUCGUGGACCUUGGAAGACAAAAGUCCAUUUACGACUUGUUGUUACUCCACCCGCUUGUCCCCUCCCUUUGGCUGCGGCUACGAGACGCCAAAAAAGGGGUACACAGUUGACGUUGCAUUCCCCUCGAUUUCCCCUUCUUGGAACGGGCCUGUACCUGUCGGCCAGCCAUGCUUUUCUAACACACGCAUGCGAGUCUAUACAUAACUGCACUCCGCCAGCCUUGUCUGCGCGCCAUUCAUCACUCGCACCCGCACGCCGCACGCGAGUCCAAUGGGUUCCGGAUCCAAUACCCGCGGGGCCGCGGAUCGAGGGACCGCCGUGGACCGUGGACCGUGGACCGUGGGCCGCCGGUGGACUGCGGAUUGCGGAUGAACAGCCAACCAACGAACCACUGGAAGUGCCCGGUUCAUCGUACACAUUUUCACGGACGACCAACGCUUUUACCAACGACUGUAUACCUACCUACCCGUGUAGUUCAUCCCGAGGCUUGAUACUACACGUGUACUACGGGUACCUGUCAAGGGACAGGAGAAUAUCCCGCCUGCGCUCCGCAAUCGCAAUCGCAAUCGGAAUCGCAAUCCCCUCCGGCGAGCGGAUCGAUCCGGAAAUUUGAAAUUUGACUCCAGACUUCCACCCAAACCUUGUCUACAUAUCCACCAUAGUCCACCACCACCAUGGGGAAACUGUGUUGGGUUGUGUGGUUUGUGCAAUGCCGUCAAAAUUUAUCCAUCGCCUACCCGCAGCUUUUAUAUCUUGCUUGCGGCAAGUUCUGUCCCGUAGUGACGGUAUUGGACAGGGGAAUGGAAUUGAUGAUGGUGAUGGGAGUACAGGAUAUGUGAUUUCGAAUUACAACCGAGGACAUCCAAACCUCAACGUCCACGUCUAGAGACCUUCACUCCC